AUGUCUUUCAAAACAAUAUCUUCACAUAUGGCUGCACAGCUUGACAAAGAAUUGAUGGGCCCUGAGGUUGGAUUCACUCUGGAGCAACUCAUGGAACUAGCGGGCUUGAGUGUAGCACAGGCCAUCGUGAAAGAGUUUCCUUAUGUGCCUAGCAGAAAGUCCCAGGUUUUAGUUCUUGCAGGACCAGGGAACAACGGAGGUGAUGGUUUGGUUUGUGCGAGGCACCUCGCACUUUUUGGGUUCAACCCGGUGGUUUACUACCCUAAGCGCAGCAGUAAGACCCCAUUCUUCUCGCAGCUGGUCAGUCAAUUGCAGUUCUUCAAAAUACCAGUACUAGGAUCUGACGACCAAUGGAUCAAAUAUUUGGACGAAAAGGAUACACUUUGCGUGGUUGACGCUAUUUUCGGGUUUUCAUUUCGGCCGCCAGUUCGAGAGCCAUUUGGAUCGGUCCUAAAGGAGCUCCGAAAAGUCCAGGAAAGGCUACCCAUUGUGUCCGUAGAUAUUCCUACAGGUUGGGAUGUCGACGAAGGUCCACUAGACAACGAAAGCAUCGUUCCUAAGGUGCUGGUGUCAUUGACGGCCCCCAAACCCUGCGCUAGCAAGAUUGACAGUUUAGAAACUCAGCACUACGUUGGAGGGCGCUUUAUUCCAGGUUCUUUUGCCAACAAGUAUGGAUUUGAACCCUUUGACUAUGACAAAGGCGAUCAAGUUACAAAAUUAGUCCCAACGUGA